CGGUAGCUGAUAAGGUUCUCGCUGCCUCAAAUAACGAAUCAGUGUCAGUAGCAAUGUCACGAAUACCUCAACACGUCCUAAACAACCUCAAGUGCUCGAUUUGCGGAGGUUACUUGAGCUCCAAGCCGCUGAUGGUGAAACCUGACGAUCAACAGGUGUGCGGCAAGUGCUACAAGAUCCUGCCGCCGUCAGAGAAACAGAAAUGCACACGCCAAAUCGGUCUAGAAAGUCUGGCAGAGAUCCUGGCUUUUCCCUGCCGAUACGACGCCCAGGGGUGUCCUCGAACGUUCAACUGGUGUGACGAAACGAAUCACGAGAGCGAGUGUCCUUACAGGACAUUGCUCGAUACGAAUGCGGAUGCGGGGAAAAGGAGUUUGAUCUUUUGGCCGAAGGAUGAAAUGAGUUGUGAAAAUGGACGUGUCAGGGCGGUAUUCAAAUAUGAAGUGGAGGAAAAUAAGUAUGCCAAUGAGUUCAAGAACUUGAGAUAUUCGCUCAAGAUAAGGAGUAUGGGUGACAAUGUGAUAGCUAUCAAAUGCAACGAUAAUAGAUCCUCUCCACAUUGUGAGGAUCUGAAGAACGUCGAGCUCAGCUUGGAAGGCAGUAUCUUUCUAGGAGCAAAGCCAGAAGCCCUCUACAACGAUAUUAAAAUCGAGAGCUUGGUACCAGAGAACCCCUAUCAGACACUAGACAGCCUUACUAUGAGACCAUGUUCAUACUGCAAGGCACCCCUGGACAAUAAAACGCAUAAUUACUGCUUGUUGGGCCACAUUUCUUGCUCCACUUGCAGAGAGAAGAUGUGCAAGGAAUGCGUGUGUAUCUUGGAUAAAGAAUCCAGAAUGCUCUGUAGGAACUACCAGAGAGGAUGUGAUCAAACUUUUAAGUUCGAUCAACUGCACCAACACCAAAUGGAUUGUGCAUAUAAUGAUUUGAAAUGCCCAUUGCAAACCUGCAAUGAAAAAGGGGCUCUACCCUGGAUCAAACAACAUCUGCAGAUAGAUCAUCCAGACAAAGUCAUCUUCAACACUGAGAUCAGCAGAAAAUUCAGCAACAAGGACGAUACUGUGAUAGUCGUUUGUUACGAUAAUAUCUUCAAGUGUGUAUACUAUUACUACAAAACUUUCGUGGAGUUUUUUGUGACUUACGUGGGGUCUAGUGAUGAAGCUAUGCAGUUCUCCUAUGAGGUGACUGUGAGUUUGGAUGGUGAUGAGUUGUUCAGGAGGGGGAGUUGUUCUAGUUGGAACGAUGUUAUGCUGCAGAAGGGUAUUACGUUCGAGAAGCAGGAGUUGCUGAGGGCAAAUGGAAGGAAACUCUGUUUUGACAUGAAUAUCCGAAUUUUGAAUUGAUGUGGAUAGUCAGAAGAUGUGCUUGGAUAUAUGUAUACACUGUUUAUCCACAAUAGAAUCUGAGUGAUCAGAAUUAACGGAGAUUAUCGUGAAGCAUUUCGAUUUCUAUAAAUGCCAAAUCGACUCAUUAUCUUCCACAAAUAAGAGAUCUCAUUGCAUUGAAGUGUAUUACGGGGCGGUUGAUAAACUCUUUGCUAUAUUCUUGAAGAAGGAUGGGGAUCUCAUGAUGGCCAACGGAAGGACGAUACCACCAGGAGCUGAAAUAUUAUGUAUCAAUUUGCACGUAAAUGACGGUGACCCUGCGGGAGCUAUCAAACGACGUCGUGAUGGAUUAAGGUUGAUGAGAAGAUGAGGCGGAGAUCCUUGGGAAUCCUGAUUUUUAAUAAGCAGCUGUCUCUGCCCUGAUGCAAUGAAAUCGACCGCUACGCAGUAGCAUACAGUGCGUUUUGUCUUCUUACGCACGGUUGUUUUGUAUACUUGUAUACUGAAAUUUUCAUUGCGGCAAAUGGCGAAGAACACAUUCACCGUGAAAAUAUGUUGACAGGAUGAUUCAUUGCAGAAUGCGCAUACAGCGAGGGUAGAUGGAGGACACCGAGGUGAUUCUGAAUAAUCUGGUUUGGUUUGUAAAUUCUUUGUCCAAAGUUG